AUGGGUAUUCCCGAUGAUGAGAUUCUGGAUGUUGUUCCUCUCUCCGUUAUUCCCUACGAAGCCAUUGAGUUGAACCAACCCAUUGAUGCCUCAGCUUCUGCAUGCUCCGAUCAAGGUAACUCCUCUUGUAUUCCCUCUGGUUCAACUCCUACCACUAAUUCUAAGGAAGAUAUACAUCACACUGAUCGUGUUAUAAGAAACCUAGUCACUAGAAUCCUUAAUGAAGGACACUCUGUGAAAGGAGUCUCUACUCCCCUUUCUCAAAUGUACCCCUCUCCUGAGGUUGAACAACAUAGUGGUAAGGAUGACGAUUCCUCCAGUUCUGAGAAGGACUUGGCUGCUGAAGGGUUGUGCUCUCUAGGGAAAACCAUGUCUGAAAAAGGAAAAUUUGUGGCAUCUAAAACUGCCAAUGCUUCCCACUCUGAGAAGCAUGAUGUGAUUGAUCUAAAGGAUGGUAGCUCUGAUGAUCAAAAGGAAAGCUUACUUCAUCAGCUUAAGCCAAGUGUGGCUAAACGCAUGAAGACUCGCAAAGGAAGAUAUGUGGCUGAACUUAUGUCAGCUAGAAAAUCUAAGAAGACUGCUGGUAUUGGUCCCUCAAAAUCUUGGAGUAAGGUUGAAGUGAAGAAGAGGAAGUGGAAAUUUGUGAUUCAAAGAAGGGUGGUUGUGAAAAGGGAGUUGGGAAAAGAUGCUGCUGAUGUCAAGGAGGUCAUGGACCUGAUAAAGGUUGCUGGGUUGUUGAAGACUGUGGCUGGGUUAUCUCAAUGCUAUGAGGGUUUAGUUAAGGAAUUCAUUAUCAACAUUCUUGAGGAUAUUGCUGAUAAGAACAUCAAGGAGUUCUGCAAGGUGUUUGUGAGGGGAAGGAAAAUUGAGGGUGCAGGUGAAUUAGAAGUUACAGACAAUAAGGUCUGUAGAGAGAUUAUAGAUAGGCAGGUGAAAGGGUGGCCUAUUAAAAAACAUCUUCCUGCUGGGAAGUUGACUAUCAAGUAUGCUAUCUUGCAUAAAAUAGGAGCUACAAAUUGGAUCCCUACCAACCAUAUUUCCACCAUUGCUAAUACCCUUGGAAGGUUUACUUUUGUUGUUGGAACCAAAGUGAAAUUUGACUAUGGUAGAUUUAUGUUUGAACAAAUCAUCAAGCAUGCAUCUACAAAUGUAGUUAAGCUACCAAUUGCCUUUCCCUCAAUGAUCUGUGGAAUUAUCUUGAAUCAACACCCUGGUAUUUUAUGCUCUAAUGACUUACCUAAUAGAAGAAAACCUUUUCUGUCUAUGCACUACAAAUUGCUUGAAGGCAGUCAUGUCGAGGAUAUUAUCAUGACAUCUACCAUGAAAAAGCCAUCCUCAAAAAGUGGAACAGUUGCUGAGCUUAAGGAGACUUGCAAAGAGUUGGGUGAAGGGAUAAGGGUAGCAACCGCUAGAAAACAAUCAUUGGAAGCCUUGAUUGCAAGCUUGGAGCAGACUGAAAGUGAAAAUAUUGAAAAUGAUAAUGUCAGCCAUGAAGAAGAAGUUGAAGCUCACACUUCUAGUGAGAGGUAUGCUAACCAUGAUGAUACAAGUGAGAACUCUGAUUCUGGUGCUGAUGAAGCUGCAAGCUCAAGCUCUACUGAGUAG